AUGUCGGACAAAGAAGCUCCUGUCAAGCACCAAGAGAGCGUCGACGAUGGCUCUAUACAGGGUACCCAGACCGUCGACACCGUCCACCGAGACGAGGCCCUCCGCGUCCUGCAGGCGUAUCAGGGAGAUGAAAGCUGGAGCGACGAGGAAGAGAAGAAAUUGCGCAGGAAGAUUGACUGGAAACUCAUGCCCGUCCUGUGUGUAACUUACGGGCUUCAAUACUACGACAAGGCCAUGCUGGGUCAAGCGGCCCUCUUUGGUCUGAGGGAAGAUCUCGAUCUCCUGAAGGGCAGCAGGUAUUCCUUCUCGGCUUCCAUCUUCUAUCUUGGGUUCAUUGUCGGUGCCUACCCAGCCAUGGUGCUCGCCCAGCGCUACCCUAUCGAACGAGUCGCCUCGGGCAUCGUCACCCUCUGGGGGAUAUGCCUCAUCCUCACGGUCGUCUGUACUGGUUACAAGACUCUGUACGUUCAGCGGUUCUUCCUUGGGCUCCUGGAAAGUGGAAUCAGUCCCAUGUUCAUGCUCAUCGUCGGAAGCUUCUACAAGAAGAAUGAGCAAGCCAUGCGCAUGGGCAUCUGGUAUUCCUGCACCGGAUACGUCUCUGUUUUCUCCCCACUAGUCAACUAUGGCCUCGGUCUCAUCAAUGGAGGCAAAUCGUCCUGGAGAUACAUGUACUACUUUUCCGGCGCUAUAACCAUUGCCUGGGGUAUACUUCUAGUCCUUGUUCUCCCCCCAGACCCCGUCCGCGCGAGAGGCUUCAACGAGAGAGAGCGGUACAUCCUCGUGGCGAGACUGAGGAGCAACAACUCUGGCGUCCGCAACACUCAUCUCAAGGUUUCUCAGAUCUGGGAGCUCCUGCUUGACAGCAAAUUCUGGGUGGUGUUUGCCAUUGCGUUCCUUUCAAUGAUUGCCAACGGGCCCAUCUCGACCUUUGUUCCCAUCAUCAUCAACGGCUUCGGCUUCAGCACUGUCAACUCCCUGCUCAUCUCGAUGCCCGCUGGCGCCUAUGCCGGCACUCUCAUGCUCGUCAUGCCUUACCUAGCUUACCGGUUCAUGAACAUCAGAUCAUACCUGGUAUUUGUGGCACAGCUGGGCACGACCUUUGCAGCUCUUUUGCUGUGGAAGUUGCCACAGUCGGCAACAGGCGGUUUGCUCUUUGCAUGCUACAUCCUGCCGUCUGUCGGCGGUGGUUAUGCGGUGCUCAUGGGACAGCAGAUUGCCAACACUGCCGGCUACACCAAGCGCUCUGUCGCUUCUUCUGGUCUCUAUAUUGGAUAUUGCCUGGGCAAUUUCGUUGGUCCUCUGGUCUUCAAGAAAGAAGAUGCCCCCCGUUAUACCUCGGGGUUUAUUGUUGUAGUUGUUACUGCUCUUGCCGCUGCAGUUCUCGCCAUUGUCUACCGGUUUCUAUGCGUGUGGUCGAACCGCAAGCGUGAUGCCGCUGGAGUCAUGGAAGGAUUUGACCAUGCCUACGACGACGAUCUUACUGAUAAGAAGAACAUGCAAUUCCGAUACAUUCUCUGA